CAGCCACUCCCUUUCUUGUGUGAUCUUUGUCUAUUAUAAUACAGCAAUAUUGAGCAAUGAUGUUCCCUCAAUUCGUGUGGGUGGCUUGCAUUAUUGGCUUGUGUUUCUCUCCUUACCUUUUUUGCUUUGGAUUUGUGACAAGACAGAGACGUCACCCUUCAGCGUUUUUCCACCGUGGCUUGGUCCAUCAUCAGACCACCACAGAUGGUGAUGAUGCUGCGAAUGGCAAUGAAAGUACCCUUUCCAGCAAGAAUCCAGACUGCGACCCGUCAUCCUCCAACAACAACUCGAAACCCAUGGAACUAUGGCUCGACUUGAGAGACACUGCGCUGUCUCCCGAAUCGGCCGUGGAAAUUCUGGCGGAGAAUGUGGACAACGCGAACAUCCACGUCUUGAUUGAUCGGAUGAUUCUGUCUCCCGAAACCAUGGACACGCUGAUUCAAAACAACAACAACAGUGAUGAUAACAGUGGAUUAUUAUUAUAUGUCCAAAAUGGUGAUGAAUUGGUGGUUUCCCACAACCAACAAUCGUUCCCCUGUGGCAAAGUGGUGCGAUCGACAGCCGGAGGGCUCUUUAAUCCAGUACUAGCAUUGGAUAUUGUCAUGACUAACGGGGGAUGGGUUCUGCUAGAGCACAACCGAAAUGACAUGGAGGAAGCCCAAUUCUUGGAAGAAGUCAACAGUCUCAUGACAUUUCUCGUGGGAUCAUCUACCAGUACCACACAAUCCUUGAAUGGUGAUGACGACGUCGACAACAAUCCAAAGAGGCACGAUACCGUGGCGGGGAGUGGAAUGGCAAUUGAGUGUGUCAGUCAAAAUGUAUUGGUGGAAGUCAGUAAAUCAAUCAUGACCAUGGCCAGUAUACCAACAGGUACUACUUCGACCAGCCCCGGUGGAAUACUCCUGCCUUCUUCUACUAGCAGUAGCACUGAGAAGACUGAGAAUGAUUUGAUUCUGGUAGAGGGAGGCACCGAUGAGGAUCAACCACUUCCUCUGGCCAUGGUUCUCCCUUUGGAUUUCAAGUUAUGGAAAGCAGCAAUAGAAAUGAUUGCCGACCCUGCACAAGACACAACAAUAGAGGAUGAAGAGACAAUAUAGCACACACACAAAAAGAAGUGAAUCCAAGACUGUCGCUACUACUAGCUAGUGGAGCCCAUUGUAUGCAUCAAUCUAC